AUGAAGCUGCUGUUGCUGUGUCUGGGGCUGACCCUCGUCUGUGCUGACAAGGAAGAAAACAACGAUGUUGUGCGAAGCAACUUCGAUCUAUCAAAGAUUUCAGGGGAGUGGUAUUCCAUUGGCUUGGCCUCUGACCGCAGGGAAAAGAUAGAAGAAAAUGGAAGCAUGAGGCUGUUUGUGGAAUACAUCGAUUACUUAAAGAACUCUUCUCUGUUCUUUAAAUAUCAUACAAUUGUAAAUGGAGAAUGUACUGAAAAUUAUUUGGUUAGUGACCCAACAGAAGAAAAUGGUGUAUAUAGUGUUGAAUAUGAUGGACCCAAUACAUUUCGCAUACUUGAGGCAGACUAUAAUGACCAUAUUAUUUUUUAUCUCGAGAAUUUUAACAAUGAUGAAACAUUCCAACUGAUGGAGCUCUAUGGCCGAGAACCAGAUGUGAGCCCAGAACUCAAGGAAAAGUUUGUGCAAAUUUGUGAAGAACAUGGAAUUGAUAAAGAAAAUGUAUUAGACCUGACCAAAGUCAAUCGCUGCCUCCAAGCCCGAGAUGGGGGGGCUCCCUAAGAUCCCAGUGCUGAGCAAAUGCUUCCUCACCUGGACUCCAGCAUCCUCCCUUUCUGGUCCCCAUGUCUUCUGUGACAAGUUCUGUGACUGAUUUCCACCACAGGAUCACUGCAUCUUCAGGAUCUUCCCUAAUUGCCUAGGAAGACUCAUCAAUUGACCAAGAAUCAAAGGUUUUCUCUGAAUUUCUGACUCUCUUUGCCACACCCGGGGGUGGCAUGAAUAAGACCUUCUUUACAUGGCCAAUAAAUGACUAGC